ACAGUUUAGGCCAAUCGGUUUCUUUUAAGUGUGUUUUUUUUAUUUGAACAUCAGUUAAACUUUUCUAAUGACGUAAGAAAGUCAUGAAAAUCCAACCAGCGAUAGACUAGAAUGAAAAAAAUAAACGCACAUUCCGGAGACGGGUCAGCGUUGGUCAGUUCCAGUUGAGACGUUCUCCAGACAGGUCGGUGUAUUAGGUGUGUAAUGUUGGUUCUCGUAGUGCUGGUGGCCUGUUUGGCCAUCCUUUGGUUGUACAUCCGAAGGAGGGCAUCGUUCGCGGCCAGUUUGCCAACUAUUGAGCCAUGCUAUCCACUCGUUGGCAAUUUGAUGCUCAUUAUUGGCAAAAACAGUGAACAGCUGUUCGAGGGAUUUCAACGAGCUUUCGCACACCCUGCAAAGUUGUUCAAGUUUAUGGCGGGAGUAAUGCCGGUUGUAGUGACCAACGAUCCGGACAUUACGCAGAAGAUCCUUACCAGUCCCGACUGUCUGGAGAAGGCUUUCCUGUACAAGUUCUUCCGUCUGGAUCACGGACUGUUUGCGGCGGAUUAUGACAUUUGGAAGGGUCAACGGAAAACGCUGAAUCCAACGUUCAACCAGAAGAUACUGCAUGGGUUCAUUCCGUUGUUUGACAAGUAUUCGCAAGAGUUGGUGCAAUCAGUGAAUUCGCUAGCUGAUGGUAAGACUGCGUUUAACAUAUCACCACUAAUGCAUCGGCUUGCAAUGAAGACGAUUUGUGCCACUACGAUUGGGGUUGAGUUCGAGCGAAACUCGGAUGCUGAUAGACUGUCGGAGCUAUUGCAGAGAAUAUUUCACAUGACGUUCAAGAGGCUGUUUCGCUUUCACUGGCACUUCGAGUGGAUAUACCGGUUAACCAAGGAGUACAAAAAGGACAUGGAGCUUAGAACGGAAGCGUACACCUUCGGUGAUGAAAUAAUGCGAAAAGCGGCCGAGCGUCAUGCACAAGAGUUAUCUUUAUCUGCGGAAGUAGAUACAAACAAUAACCGAAAACUGCAAAUUUUCAUGGAUCAAAUGCUGGACAAGUUUGAAAAAGUGGAAAUUGUUGACAAUUUCUACACGAUGCUCGUAGCGGGAAGUGACACCAGCGGAACGCAAAUGACCUACAUCGCUCUGGCCCUGGCAGUGUACCAGGAGUACCAGGAAAAGGUCUAUCAAGAAAUUUGUUCCGUCUACCCCCUGGACCAGGAGCUGAACAUCACCGCCGACUCGCUGCAGCAGCUCCAGUACACGGAAAUGUUCCUCAAAGAGUGCAUGCGAUUGCUGACGGUGGGACCGGCCCUCGUUCGGAAGAACCUCGCGACGGUGGACCUGGGCGACAUUAAAGUUCCCCCGGGGAACACCCUCAUCUUGAGCGUCUACAACCUGCACCGGCGGAAGGACAUCUGGGGACCGAACGCGGACCAGUUUGACCCGGAGCAUUUCUCCCCGGAACGGAGCGCCGGACGACAUCCGUACGCGUUUAUUCCGUUCAGCGCGGGGAAUCGGAACUGUCCGGGAAAUCGAUACGCCAUGAUUAACAUGAAAACCAUACUAGUGCAUCUAGUACGGAACUUUAAGUUGACAACUGACUGGCGGUUGGAGGACCUUCGUUUUAGAUUUGAGGCCUUGCUCAAAACCAAAAGCGAUCCAGAGAUUCGAGCAGAGCGAAGAGUAAUUUUAAAUUUGAAUUCCGAAAAUUAAAACUGGAAACUUUUCUCA